CACGGUCGGGGUAACCAAACUUGACCAGAGCAAUUAGAACACGCCGCUCACGUUGUGUUGUUGGCACACACCGUGUUGUGUUGGACUGUUGGUGUUCCCAAUCAACAUUAACAACGUUACUUCCAUGAUCUAUGACCCUUUGUCUCGGUGCUAAUUUGCAAUCUAUAUUCCCUUUUUCCUUGUACCUAAUCGUGAUCCCUCUUGUCUUAUUUUUAUGCAUAUUCUAGUACCUAAAUAUUUACAUUGACUCAUAUAUAUCUACCUAUUUUUCAUAAUUUUAAUAUAAUCACACCUACCAUCACCACCUUAGUACCCGUGUCUCUGAUUCCAGAAGAAGAAGAAGAUGAACGUGGAUCUGGAAUCCUUGGCGGAAGCCACUUCCGGAGCCAUAGGAUCUCUGCUUAGCACCACCAUCCUCUACCCGCUUGAUACAUGCAAGACCAAGUACCAGGCAGAGGCACGUUCCCAUGGUCUUCAGAAAUACAAGAAUCUCUCUGAUGUGUUAUGGGAGGCGAUAUCUACCCGUCAGGUGCUUUCCCUUUACCAGGGCCUUGGAACAAAGAAUCUCCAAUCCUUCUUUUCACAGUUUGUCUACUUCUAUGGCUAUAGCUACUUUAAAAGAAUGUACCUGGAAAAAAGUGGUUAUAAGUCCAUUGGAACAAGUGCAAACUUGUUAAUUGCUGCUGCUGCUGGGGCUUGCACAGCCUUAGUGACUCAGCCCCUGGAUACAGCCUCUUCAAGGAUGCAAACAAGUGCCUUUGGAAAGUCGAAAGGGCUGUUGCAAACCCUUACAGAAGGCACCUGGAGUGACGCAUUUGAUGGCCUUGGCAUUUCCUUGUUGCUGACUUCAAACCCUGCAAUUCAGUAUACGGUGUUUGAUCAGCUUAAACAACGAGCACUAAAGAAUAAGCAAAACAAAGCCGAGAAAGGAGGAUCUUCAGCAUCCCUCUCUGCAGCUAUGGCCUUUCUUUUGGGUGCAAUUUCGAAGAGUAUUGCUACCUGUGUAACAUAUCCCGCUAUCAGGUGCAAAGUCAUCAUUCAAGCUGCUGACUCAGAUGAAGCUUCCUCCAAAACCCAAGUAAAAUCUCCAAAAACUGUGUCUGGGGUUAUUGCUGGAAUAUGGAGAAGGGAGGGCAUACUGGGCUAUUUUAAAGGAUUACAUGCUCAGAUCUUAAAAACUGUUUUGAGCUCAGCACUGCUCUUAAUGAUCAAGGAAAAGAUCUCUGCUACUACUUGGGUGCUUAUACUUGCACUUAAAAGAUAUCUAUUAGUCCCAAAGGCGGCUAGGGUUAAAAACCUUUAAGUUAUAUUAGUGGUUAUUGGAGGAAGAAGCUUUAAUCCAUUGAGGAUAAUUGAUUUGGUUGGAGUGAAACAUGCACAUUUUAACGGAUACAUCCAUUUAUUCAGCUCUUUUGAGGCUGUUAUUGUGGCUUCUCUUUGAUCCUCUGCCCCUGGCUUAUUGAUGCAGAACAACUAGUCCAACAAUUUACGAAAAGACUGAUAGACCAAAGCAGGGUAGAAAGUUUUAGCAAUAAAUUCAUUUUCAGUUUUAAUUUGUUAUAUUUCUUGUUUUGAAUAAAACCUUCAUUUAUUAGUGUUUGUUUAUAGUUGGUUCUAUUGAUGUUGGGGAAGUGCCACAUCAGAAGGGUGUCAAUAGCUUAGGAUCUUUAUAAAUAAAGCACCCUCUUUUACUAUGUACGUAGUCAAUUCAGUUUCAGACUAAUAAAAUAUUUUCUGGUUUGAUAGUUUUAGAA